AAGUAAAAUCUAUUAAUUUUCAAAACAAAUCCCAAAAGUAGGGACUCCUUGAAAAUUACCAUUAAUUUUACUUUACCUUCUUCAACCGCCACGGGCCACCAUCACCGACUUUCCCCUUCCAUUUACUUUGCUUUGCCGCCGGCUACACUCUUCCUUUGCUUGUUUGUUCACCAAAUAGCUUCCAAAUUUCUACCCAACUUGCAACAUCUAAGCUUCUCCCAGUCACAGCCGGUCCCUCUGUUUCAUUUUUUUAUAUGCUUCCCUAGAUCUACCCAAAACAGCAACCCAUUUCCUUCAACUUUCAAGAUCUACUGCCGACUGCACUCUCUGCUUUUGCUUGUCCAGAUCUGCUCCAUUCAGUGGUCCCCCCGGCAACUCUUCUUGCCCCACAGGUACUUGCCGGUUGCACUCUUUCACUUUAUUUGCAAAGAUUUGCUUUGCUUAAGCUCCCCGUGGACCCUACCGGACAAAUUCCUUGUCCAAGUGACUGCCGACUAACUCCUUCUUGUUUGUUUGUUUUUUUUUUUUUAUGUGCAAAUCCGCCUGGCUUGUAUUCGGUGGACCAGUACCGAGCAGCCUUUCCUUGCCAAAAUUAUUUCCAUGGCCAGUGACCGAGAAGAGCAAACCAUGCCCACCGGAUCUGCUUCCAUGGCCGGUUCAAAGGCCACUCCUUGCUUGAGGUCACCUCCACCAGAUUUGAUUAAACUCUUCCAAGACCAAAAUCUUCAAGAUGAUAUAAACAGGAUACUCCAAAAACAGAAGCCAUGCCAUUCAAACCAAACUUCUGUUCCGCACAAAAAAUCUCAGAUUUUGGGCCCUUAUUUUGUGUCUCAGCCGCCAGCUUCUCUUGCCUCCAUUUACCCACAGCCCAAAGAACAUUUUCUCCCCUUCCAUUUAAAACCUGACUGGAAUAAAUGGAUUGGCUCUUUUGGUGCUUGGCCAGUUUGGAGAAAAUUAGAAUGGACUGACUGGAUAAACUGUCUGGAACCUGCUUUUGGUCAAAUUUGGAGAGAUGCAGGCUUGUUUGAAUUUAUACAACUCACCAAAUGCAGAUUCCCCAUGGACAAGUCGGUCUUGGGUGCGGCUUUGUUAUUCUGGUCUGGCUCUUUCAAUUG